UGGGAAGAAUUUUGCGUCACCUGUUCGAAGUACUGAGAAGGGUUUCUUCUCGAAUUUGGUCAAGAUGCAGCGACCUCCAAUGGGCGCUCAGCCCCCUCCACAGGGAGCUCCUUUGAUGCAGAGUGGUAGUGGUGGUAGUCUUAUGCAGCCUGGCCCACCAAUGGGAGUCCAUGCCCCAUUUCCAGUUUCUGGCCCUCCAUUUCGUAUGCCAAGUGGGGCUGUCCAGCCUGGAGUUAUGAAUGCUGGAAUGCCUCCACCGAUGAUGCCACCCAUGGCAGCUGGUAUGCGUCCACCCAUGGGCACUCCAACAUCAACGCGACCAAGUCAGCCUCGCGCAAGUGGUACCCCUGGCAGAAAUUAUAACAAGUCUUCCAAUGUUGACAAGGCCAAGGCAACAACAGUGUUCGUUGGUAAUAUCUCGGAGAAGGCCACUGACACAACCGUGCGUCAGAUGUUGAUGCUUUGCGGCCGCGUCAUAGGCUGGAAACGUGUGCAGGGUGCCAACGGCAAGAUGCAAGGUUUCGGUUUCUGCGAGUACGAGCGUCCAGAGGCAGCCAUGCGUGCACUGCGCUUGCUCAAUGAACUGAGACUUGGCGACAAGAGGCUGGUGGUCAAGGUCGACGCUAAGACCAAGAAAGAACUCCGGGCGCACAAGAAAAAGAUGCGCAAGGCAGCGGCAAAGGCAGCUGCUGCGGCUGCAGCAGGUGACGGAGACGCAGCCGCAAACGGAGAAUCCAAGGAUGAAGCAGGCAAUGGCGAGGAUGAGGAUAAUAAAUCAUCAUCCGAAGAUGAGGGAGAUGAACAGGAAGAGCUCGACCCGGAAGUCAAGGCGCAAGAUGACAGUACUCUUCGAAAGCUCUUGGGACUUCUCAAGGACUCGGUCGACACUAAUCAGCUUGCUGAUGAUGAAAUUGACGACGUCGUGACGGAAUCAAUAAUCUCCAUGGCACGGCAAGCUGGCAAGAUUGGCCCGGAGGACUCGCUGGGAGAUGUGGAUAUGAACGAGGACAAGAAGAUGAUUGUUACCGACGAGAUCAAGAAGUUCCGCAUCCACCAGGAAAAAGAGAACAAGCGACGCGCUGAUUUGGAGCGCGAGCGUCAGCAAGCCCGUCGAGAGGAGAAAGAGAAGGAGCGAGAUCAGGAGGAGAAGGAGAAGGACCGGGAGAGAGAGUCCAGCAGUCGUAGCCGUCAUCGUGGCGAUGACGACUCUAACAGCAGCAGUCGGCACAAGUCCUCUAGGGACAAGGACAGAGACCGCAGCUCCAAGAGAGACGACAAGGAUCGCGAGCGUGGUGGCGAUCGGGAUCGUGAACGUGGAGAUCGCGACAAGGAUCGCACUGGAGAUCGUGACAAGGAGCGUACUGGAGAUCGUGACAAGGAUCGUACUGGAGAUCGUGACAAGGAGCGAAGCGGAGAUCGUGACAAGGAGAGAAGCGGAGAUCGUGACAAGGAGCGAAGCGGAGAUCGUGACAAGGAGCGAAGCGGAGAUCGUGACAAGGAGCGUGAAAAGGAGCGCGGCGACAAGGAUCACGACAGGUCCUCACGAAGCGAGCGAGACCACGACAAGGAUCGCAGCGACCGGUCGUCUCGGCGAGAGCACCGCUCCGAGCGUCAUCGCGACAAGGACCGGGAAGAGAAGGACCGCAAGCGGCGUCACGAAUCCACGCCGGUAGCUGAUGCCUCGUCGGAAGAGGACGAAGUGCCCAUGCAACCGGAGCCCAAGCGACGGGACCGUGCUGAACGUGAGCGUGUCGAUCGCAGUGACCGCAACGACCGCAGCGAUCGCAACGACAGAGAUCGCGACAACGGUGCUGGUGAUCGUAGUGGAUCAACAGAGCGUCGUAAGGAGGCAGAGGUCGAGCGGUCACGCCAGCUCAAGCGCCUGCGCGACAGGCGGAGACGCGAGCGAGAAGAGGUCUACACUGAGCGUGUGCGAGAAUGGGAGAGCCGGGAACGCAAGCGAGCGCGCGAGUAUGAGCGUGAGCAGAACGAGGAGAACGCGAAGAACGAGGAGAUUGUGCGCGAGCGCAAGCACUUGAUGGACUUCCUGGAGGACUACGAGGACGAAAAGGACGACGCCAAGUACUACAAGGGUAGUGCGUUUGACCGUCGUCUUCGACAGCGCCGGACCGAAAUGGAGGAAGAUGAGAAAGAUCGGCAGCAAGAGCGCGAAGCCAGAAAGAGACGGCGGGAGCUGCGGGAGCUGUCUCGGUCCCGGUCUCGAUCAGUAACACGCUCACCCAGGAAGUCUGGGGGUAGUAAGCCUGACAAGAAGCGCAAGAGACGUCCGCGUACUCCGUCACACUCUGAGCAUUCGGACGACGAGCCCAUGGAUGCUGAGGAGAGCCGACACAGUCCAAAGGUACCCUCAGGCAACAGUGUUGGAGGUUCUGCCGCCGUCAAAACACAAGGGUCGACCUCCUUCAAGCCAACGGUCGAGUCUGCACCUCACGUCGACCUCUCCACCAAGGUGACAUCCUCUGCAAAGCAUCGCGAAAACAGCACUGCCACUGCCGCAGCACAGUCCUCUUCUUCGCCCGCCGUCGCCACCGCAACUUCGAUCAAACUACCGCCCGCAGCAGAAGCCGCCGCCGCGUCUUCGAAUCACGUUGCCGCCGCCGCACCAGCCGCUGUCGCCUUGGCAACACAGCAAGUCAGUGUAGCGCAGAGCACGCCACCCACGGCAAUGACCGCUGCCCCCGAGCCAGUUCAACCGGUUGCUGCCGCUCCUGCAGUGACAACAACAGCCGCAGCCAAAGCACCGGCCAAACCUGUCGCACCGCCUGCAAGCAAACCCGCCGCUGCUGCUGCUCCUGCUGCCGCUCCCAGCAGCAGCACCAGCAGCACAGGUAAGAAGUCUCGAGGCAUUGCGUCAGCCUUUGCGGACGUCGACAAUGACGAGGGAGCAUCUGGUCCGAAGAAGAUGCUCGUACCGAUUGACUACACGGAGGAGGAACAGCAGGCGGUGGGCCGAACCAAUGUCAUGACUCCGGAGCAGAAGAAAGCGGCUAUCAAGCAAUUGAUCGAGCGCAUUCCGACCGUCAAAGAGGACCUAUUCGCCUACAACCUGAAGUGGUUCUUAGUCGACAAGGAUCUGGUGGAGAGACGGGUGAAGCCCUGGGUUGCGAAGAAAAUUAUCGAGUACAUCGGUGAAGAGGAGCCCACUCUCGUUGAAUUCAUUUGUGGAAAGAUUCUUGACCGAACUGGUGCACGGGCCGUAUUGGAUGAUGUUGCAAUGGUACUUGAUGAUGAAGCCGAAGUGUUUGUUGUCAAGUUGUGGCGCCUCCUCAUCUACGAAACUGAAGCGAAACUCAUCGGGCUUGUCAAGUAGUUCUCCCGGAUCGUAUUUUUUUGUAAAUGGCUGCAGGCUGGACUGUGUCUCGGAAACCUUUCUGACCUCUUUCCUGUCUGCUACAAGCGCUGUAAAUACGCGCAGAGUGUUGGUUCGCUCCUUCUGCUUGUGGGAAAGACUUGUGUGGCCUGCUUUACAGGCCGUGUUUCCGCGUACAGGACACCAACAAUCCAUGAUGUACAUAGGGAUGACGUGAAUAUGUAUAUGUGUGUGUUCCUAUGGUGGUGGCAGUGGUGGUUGUGGCUGCCGCCUUGCCUCUAGCGCUAAGAAGCCUGGGCGUAGGUGCUUCUCUUUCCACGUGCGGCUUCCCUAUUAGAAUAUAUACGCGGAGCUUGCCCAUCAAACACAUGACAGGUAUGCACACACACACACACCUGUCUCCACAGUGCUGGAAGGCUACAUAUGUGCAGCACCGCCGCCGCCGCCACCACCACUGCCCCAUGCCUCACCCACUGCACUCUGUCGCCGGCCACUGCUUUCGGUCUCCGGGCGACAAUGUCAUUGUUCUUGUCCAAUCACAAAAUAGUGUCAUUUGAUGCCCUGGCGACAGCUGCUGGCGGCGCGCAGCUUUUGUGCUCCUGUUUCUCAGUGGUAUGUAGUCAUACUCUGGCUGCUGCUGUGUUGCCAAGUCAAGCCACCUAGGGCACUGCCCCUACUGCUUUGCUCUGCAUUUGCUGCGUCUCUGCAUGCCGUCAUUGUCGUAUUCUAUUUUGCUACUUGCUACACCCGCUAUGCAGUGCCUCCUAGAGCAUACACCUUUGUAGUGUGUCCUUCUGUAUCUUUAUGGCUGCCAUUUCUCGCCCUGCUCCGGCCAACUUUGACUCAUUGCGUAAUAUUCCGUGCAUGCCUGUUGAUUGUAGUGAGGGUGGUGUGGGUGGGUGUGCGUCUGUGUGUGUGCUUAUGCAUGCGCGUCUGUCCCCACCCCUUUCGUUUUACUCUUGUCGUGCUUGCACUCGCGCUAUUUACCCCCGUCCCCUCCCCUGCGUACUCGUGUCACAUCUGGCAUGGCAUUUGCAUCUCUUGCAUUUUCCUAAUUUUGUCUCGCUUUCUUCUUCUUGGUUGAUGAGAUGACAUUUUGUCUUAACUGGA